AUGACCCCCGCUGCACUUCCCAUACAUACAGGUUUCAUCCCUUUUGUCGAGGAAACAAAGAACACCCAAGAACACCCAUCCCCAUCCCCAAUUGCAAUCCACCAGCCAACACGCCAUCCUCCAAUACCGUCCUCCAACAGGCCGGAUAGGGACAAAACCCAACAUAAUACCAGCAUAUCCGCAUAUAGGCACCUUCAUCCUAGCCUGGUGCCGCGUCCAACAAUGGAGCAACAGCUCCUCCAGUUGCUGGCAGACACCCAAUCUCCUGCCCCCGCAACCCGCAACACAGCAGAAGUUCAAAUCCUCACUCUCUAUACAAACGAAUCCUUCCCCCUAUGUCUCGCCUCCAUCGCCUCUCACAAGUCCGUCCCCAUCCCUCUCCGCCAAUCUGCCCUGCUCGUCCUGCGCACUUUUGUGCUCGCAGCAUGGUCCCCCCACCUUGAAGAGUUCAAGGGCCAGGUGCUCAUCAACAAUGCCAACAAGGCCCAGCUGCGCCGCGUCUUGUUUGAUCUGGCCACCUCUGCUGAUGCUGACGAGCGCAAGGUGAAAGCCUCCGCGAGCUAUGUCGUGAGCAAGAUUGCCAGUGCUGAUUUCCCCGAGGAGUGGCCUGAGCUGCUGCCCGGUCUGCUGCAAAUCAUUCCGAACAGCAGCGAUGUGCAGCUGCACGGCGCGCUGAGGGUGUUGUCGGAUCUGGUCGAGAGUGGGUUCAGCGAGGAGCAGUUUUUUUCCGUGGCAAGGGACCUGGUGUCGACUGUCUUUGCCGUCGCGACGAACCCGGCUAGAAAACCUGUGCUGCGCGCCCUCGCUGUGUCUGUUUUCCGCGCUUGUUUUGAUACUCUGGAAAUGGUCAUUGAGCAGCAUAAGGUAGCUGUUAAGCAGUUUUUGGAUGAGGCGUUGAAUGGCUGGUCACCGUUUUUCAUUGCCACCAUGAAGGAGCCCCUCCCUGCAACCCCGAGUGAGGAGGAGGAAGUUGGGAAUGGGCCUGGACUGGAGGAGUGGCGGGGGUGGAAACUACGCGAAGCUGCGCUUUUCAUCCUCACGCAGCUUCUCCGCGACUUCAGCGACGUAGAUCAGCAGAUUUCCCUCGAGGCAGCCAGUGGAUGUAAUGAAUUCGUUCGCUUCUGCAUGGCGCAGGAAGACAUAUUCCUUCGAGCCCGUGGCUAUCUUGUUUCAGGAAUAAUUGCAAGGACCGCAGGUGAAGGAUUCCAUCAGACUGCGCUGUCAUACCUCGAGGCGUCCAUCAAAGCCAUCAGCGAAGAUCCGUCAGAAGUCGUCCAAGUCUCAUGUAUCCGAGUGCUGCAGGAUUUCCUACCCGCACUUCCAACAUCCGUGACAAAACCAUUGCAAAUUCCCAUUAUCACCACCUUAUCGGAAUUCCUGUCGUCCCGUGAUUUACGAGAGAUGUUGGACAGCGACGACCUUAAAUUUACCUUGCUUGAUACCCUUCGCGAUGCGAUCAUGAUCGACCCCAGUGUUGUCAUCUCGUCCAUUGCCCUCGACGUCCUUUUCAACAUCGCAAGUAACGGUUCAAGUAACUUCCAGCUAGCGACGAUAGUCACAGAGACCUUUGAAGAUGUUGUCCAAUAUAUUUCUCAGCAGGGACCCGAUGCAUAUAUCCGCCUUUGCGAAAAAGUACUGCCGUCCUUAACCGGCGCUAUCGACGUUGGGAACAUGACCCAGGAAAACGCCCUCACAACCCUUGCUGCAGAUCUUAUCCGUGCCUUGACCGAAUAUGGCCUGGAGCCCCUUCCGCAGGGACUAGUAGCAAAUAUAAUGCCCAAACUCAACCGCCUCCUGCUUGGCUCGACUGAAGGAAACAUUCUCCCCGCUGCAACCAUCGCCGUGAAAAACAUGCUCCAGCAUGACUCUACCCAAUUCCUCAGCUGGCAAGACCCACAAACAGGCAAAGGCGCCGUUGAAGUCGUUCUGAUAAUCAUUGAUCACCUCCUCAGCCAAUCUGUCGAUGACAACGCAGCCGAAGAGGUUGGCGGCCUUGCAGCAGAACUUGUCGAGAAAGCCGGCUCCGAGAAACUAGGACCAUAUCUAACUCAGCUCCUCCACGCCGUCGCGCAUCGCCUCGCCACGGCGCAGAAGGCGCAAUUCAUCCAAUCGCUAAUCCUCGUCUUCGCACGGCUAUCCCUCAUCAGUGCACGCGAGGUAGUCGACUUUCUCUCCACGCUGACAAUAGACGGGCAGUCCGGGCUCACGGUGGUCUUCUCCAAGUGGCUCGAGAACAGCAUCACGUUCGCGGGCUACGACGAGAUACGGCAGAACGUUAUUGCGCUGUCGAAGAUCUACCAGCUGGAUGACCCGCGCGUGGUGCAGGUGCAGGUUAAGGGGGAGCUGAUUAUUCAGGAUACGGGCCGCAUCAAGACGCGCUCGCAGGCGCGCAUGGACCCAGAUCGCUAUACAAUUGUCUCGGCGCCGUUGAAGAUUAUCAAAGUCCUUACGGAGGAACUUUUGUCUGCGUCUGGGAAUCGGGAUAUGGAUGCCGCUGCUGCCGCUGCUGCUGCCGGGGGUACCCAAACUGGGGGAGGAGCGGGAUCGCGCACAGGUGAAGCUGAAGAUGACGACGACGGCGAGAAUGACGAUUGGGAAGAUGUUUCAGGACCGGACAACGUGCUUGAUCUUGGAUUGGGGAUCACGAAGCACGAGCUCAUGGGGUAUUUGGGUGAGGAUGGUGGGGUGGCGAUGAGACAGAGGGAUGAUGAGACGUUAGCAUAUCUGAUGGGAUUUUUUAGGGAGGUUGCGCCCACGCCGAGGUUUCAGGAGCUGUUUGCGUUGUUGAAUGCGAGGGAGCAGGAGGCGUUGAGGAGUUUGGGUCAGUAG